AACAACGCCUUCUCCGCACAACACACCCUGGGCCAUGUCUGUGCUUCUGGAAACGUCACUCGGUGACAUUACCAUCGAUCUGCUGGUGGACGACGCGCCCACAUGCUGUGAAAACUUCCUCAAGCUAUGCAAAGUAAAGUACUACAACUUUGCGCCCGUGCAUAGCGUUCAACCAAACUUCUCUUUCCAGACAGGCGAUCCAAUCGGGCCCGGAUCUAAGGAGAGCGAUGGCGGGCGCUCAAUAUGGGGUCUUCUUGAGCCCACAAACAUAUCGAAGAAAACGUUUGUGCCUGAGCUCAAGCCAAAGCUAAAGCACACGGAUAUGGGCACCGUCAGCAUGGCCACCGCGCCAAACCCUGAGAAUCCAGACGAGCGGUUCGCGGGCAGCCAAUUCAUCAUCACUCUUGGACCGAACAUAGACUUUCUGGACGGCAAGGCAGCAAUAUUUGGCACCGUGGUAGAGGGCUUCGAUGCGCUCGAGAAGAUCAACACAGCAUACAUCGAUGACAAGGGCCACCCUCUGAAGGACAUUCGGAUAUUACACACGGUUGUCCUAGACGACCCCUACGCCGAUCCGACUGGACUGGUGGAACCGCCCGAAAGCCCUGUGCCUUCCGCCGCGCAACUUGCUACCGUACGUGUGGCCUACGAUGAGAGUCUUACUGAGGAGAACGACCCAGAAGCGUUAGAAAAGGUCCGCAGAGAACGUGAGGCGCGCGCGCAAGCCCUCACGCUCGAGAUGGUUGGCGAUCUCCCGUUUGCUGAAGUGGCACCACCCGAGAACGUGCUCUUUGUGUGCAAGCUGAACCCCGUGACGCAGGAUGAGGACCUGGAGCUCAUCUUUUCGAGAUUUGGAAAGAUCGUCAGCUGCGAAGUCAUUAGGGAUAAGCGAACAAAUGACAGCCUGCAGUACGCCUUCAUUGAGUAUACCAAUCAGAAAGACUGUGAACAGGCUUACUUCAAGAUGGACGGCGUCUUGAUUGAUGAUCACCGCAUACACGUGGACUUUUCGCAGAGUGUCUCAAAGAUCGCAGAUGAUUGGCGAGAUGUCACGAACAAGAAGCGGAGGCGAGCAGCGGGUGGUUUUGGUGGCAUCGACAAUUUGGAGAAAAAGAGGCAGUAUCGCGAUGGCUCAGGUCGUCAGAUCGUUUCUGACUCUGUAGUCAACAAGCUGGUUGUCGAUCGCGACAUCUCACAAGACUCGACUGCGCGCCCACGUGACGACAGAGAUAAGCGGCGGGACGAUGCUCGACGAAGGGAGCGACGGGAGGACUAUCACGACGACCGAUGGAAGCGGAAUCGCAGCCGAAGUCCAAAGCGCGACCGAAGAGAUCGUGACGAUGGCCGAUACGAUGGUCGGCGACGAGAGCGGAGUCGCAGUCCCAGUCACCAUCGCGACAACCGGCGGGACAGGAGUCGAAAUCGGUAUCGGAGUGAUGACCGUAAUGGCGGUCGCUGAGCGCUUUCGACGUCUAUAGCUGUUAAUACUUUUCUCAUGUUCUCUCUUGUCAUCUUCCAAGGGGCUUUUGUCAAUAUCCGCCGGUUCACUCUAUCUCUUUCUCUAGUAUGGCUUGUUAGGGUGUUGGGCCUUUAGGUGGGU